AUGAUUACAUUUCAGUGGAAAAAAAAAGAAACUCCAUUUAUAGACACUGAAAUGAUUGUAUUUCCUGGAGAUGUUAUUGCACAACCUAUACCUCAAAAAAAUAGUGGGUAUGUUCAGAUUAAAGAAACUAAACGAUCAUUUUUCUUUUGGAACCAAGAAAAUGACAUUAAUAGUUUUUAUAAAGGAAUUGAGUUAAUGCAAGCUGUAUUUAAUGGAGAACAAAUCCAAGCUUUUGACACAACAAUUCCAGCACAAAUUCAACCAAUAUAUACUAUCAAAAAUGGAAAGAUUGUUAUUGCUGAUGUUUCUUUAAAUAAAGUACUUAAUUGUAAAACAAUUGAAGAAACACUAAAAGAACAUCCUGAGGAUGUAAGGGAAUUAGCACUUCUUUGUCCCCCUGAAGAGAUUGAAGGAAAAACCAAUGAAGAACUAAUUUCUGUUAUCAUUGAUAACAUUCGUUCUAAUCAAUUUCAAGAAACAUUACGUCUGAUUGAAAAUGCAAUUCAUGCUGGAGAAGGAGAUGUCAUUUGCCAACAGACAGGAGCAGAAUUACAUCACCAAGGGAUUGGAGGAAUGAGAGUAGUGUUAUUAGAUAUUGUUAAUCGUUAUAAAUUAUAA